AUGGAAGCAGAAGAGACAGAGGAAGAAGGAUCGCCUCAAUUCAUGAAGAAACUAUCUCCUAAUUCAACUAUGCAAGAAGAUGAAGGUUUGGAUCUCUGUCCUAGCUUCAACAGUUACUCUGUCAACGGACUUGCAGAAUCCGCCGCGAGAGUUGCCAUGGAUUUCGAAGGAAUGGUCGGCGAUGGCGGUGAGGACGAUGAUUUUGAGUUCGUUUCGUUUCAGAAGGCUGAGGAACAAAUGAUUUUCGAUUGUCCGAUUAGUCCUGUUUUUCCUAUUUUCAAUCACCAUCUGUUGGAGAUGAGCGAUGGAACAGAGGCUAAUGAGUUGAACCACGGAAAUGCUCCAAUUGCGAAGUUUUCUCUACAGAAGCUUAUAAACGAUGAUAGAGAGCAUGAGCGUGAACUCGAUCGUGAUCUUGCGUGUUCGUCUUCGACGUCUGAGGCCGAUGAAUUGGACAUGAUUCCACCGGGAACGUACUGCGUUUGGACGCCUAAGUCAAUGGAAGCGGCGGAGCGAGGAAAAUGCCAGAAGAGCAAGUCCACUAGAUCAGGAUCAGGAUCAGGAUCAGGAUCCUCGUCUUCAAGACGGUGGUGGCUUCAAAAUUUGCUUCGACGAAGCAACAGCGAAGGAGGAAAGAAUCGACUGGUCUUCUUAACACCGUCCGCGAAAUCGGAAUCGACGACGAAGAAAGAAGAGAAAACUGAGAAAUUAAACGAAGAAGCAAAUCGAAAGAAGAGCUGUCCAGAGGCCAACGCGGUCGCCGGAAAAUCGAAGGUCAAAAGAGGCGUGGUCGAGAAGACAUCAUCGGCGCACGAAUUGUUUUACAUUCGAAACAGAAUGUUGAAGGAAGGAGAUAAGAGACGAUCGUACCUUCCGUACCGGCAAGACCUCGUCGGAUUCUGGGCAAAUGUCCAUAGCGUGAGCAAAGCGUUACCUCCAUUCUAA